CCACAGCAACAGUCUUGUGUACAGAGUUCAGCAGUACUAAAUGUAUAGUGAGUAAUGGAGCCUCCGGGAGCUAAACCAGCUAACCUAACCUAGCUAACUUCACUGCUGCUACUUUACCAUAAAAUAUUGUGGUGUUCGUGUCCGCGUUUCUGUUGCUUUGCCACUGUAAUGACAAUGCGGAGGCCCAAGUACUUCACACCGACUGAAGUGUCCCUGCACAGCACAAUAGGAGACCUGUGGGUUUCAUAUCUGGGAAAGGUUUACAACUUGACCCCACUGGUUGAAGAAUAUAAAGGCGAUGUACUUUUGAAACCAAUUAUUGAAUGUGCUGGCAAAGACAUCAGUCACUGGUUUGACCCAAAAACGAAAGAUAUUCGUACCCAUAUCGAUCCAUUAUCUGGCUGUGUGAAAUACUUCACCCCUAGGGGGCGCUUCGUGCAUGUGCCCCCUCCCUGCCCUCGCACGGACUGGGCUAAUGAUUUCGGGAGGCCGUGGUGGAGGGAUAGCCGCUACGAGGUGGGCCUGCUGUCCGGUAAGACCCGCUGGAUUCGCAUAAUCAACACCCUCACCUCACAGGAGCAAAGACUGGAGGUAUGUUCUGAGGAAACUCUAAAUGAGAUUCUGCAGCGUUACCUGCGCUACAACUCCCAUGCGGCCAGCUACACCUGGAAGCACAACGGUGUCAAUCUGGAUAUGAGCAAGAACCUAAGUGAAAACGGCAUCCCAGACGAGGAUGAGGAAUUCUACCAGUGUCGCAUGGAUCGUGACCUCUACACUCAAUCCAUAUGUCUUUACUUCAAUGAUGACCUAACUGAACCUUGAACUUAGAUCAGUAUUGCAUUCUAAGAGUGGAUGUUUCGAGAUAUUGCAGUAUCCUUAUCAUAAAUUGUAAUUGUGUUACAGUGCAGCAUUAUGACAGCAGUGUUCAUUGUCUCCCUAAUUCUUGACCCCAUUAUUGUAUUUUCCCCAAAUGAACAUUAUUAAUUAAAACACCGUAACACACAG